AUGGCACAUUUCUCAGCGGUCAACUCCACAUUUGCAGCAGGGGAGCUCUGGAAGUGUCUGUACCCAGACCUCCGCAUACCCAGGCCCACCUGCCCCUCAGAUAUUGCCUUCAGACUCCUCGAAGGGCUUGAAGCCAAGGAAAAACUGGGCAAGGGACUCCCUGUGCAGGUUUCUACAUGGAGGAGCUCUGGCAUCCUAAAUGAGAAUGGCCAGGGCCCAGAGCAGGCAAUAGCUGCCAUCAUGUACACCUUCCAGGAAUAGGCAGGGCACAGUGGUGACAAGUACAAGCUCUACCAGGCAGAGCUCAAGGAGCUGCUGCAGAAGGAGCUGCCUACCUGGACCCUGGCUGAGUUUCUGGAGUGUGACUACAACAAAUUCAUGAGUGUUCUGGACAUCAACAAGGACUGCGAGGUGGACUUUGUGGAGUACGUGCGCUCUCUCGCCUGCCUCUGUCUCUACUGUCACGAGUACUUCAAGGGCUGCCCUCCAGAGCCCCCCUGCUCCCAGUAG